AUGCUCAAGAAGAAAAAGGAGCUUUCCAACAUAGAUGGGGAAGAGAAAAUUGCCAAGAAGAAGAGUAACUUAGCUGUGAAAUCGGCUUGCUUGAAGAAAAAGGGUAACACCAGUACGGAGGCCACAGACGGGGAGGAGAAGGCGGCAAAAAGCGACCCUGUGAAGGGGAAGACGCAUGGAGGAGGAGCUAAGCAGUGCACCAUCGUGGAGAGAAAAAAAAGCGAGAAGGGGAAGGACCAAAAAGUUGGCGCUUCAGAUGUUGCCCCCUCAAAAGUUACCGCUUCAGAUGUCGCCGCUUCAAAAGUUGCCCCUUCCAAAGCUGCCGCUUCCAAAGUUGUCGGCGAAAGAGGGAGGGAGGAAAAGAUCAACAUAAAGGAGGCAAUCAUAAAGAACGUGAAGGUGCCAGACAACUAUGAAAUCAAGCAUCUGAUAGGGAGGGGGUCCUACGGGUAUGUGUACCUAGCCUACGACAGAAACACGAAGACAAACGUCGCAAUCAAGAAGGUGAAUAGGAUGUUCGAAGACCUGAUUGACUGUAAGAGAAUCCUCAGAGAAAUAACCAUCCUGAACAGGCUAAAAAGUAACUAUAUAAUCCGAUUGCGCGAUUUGAUAAUCCCCGAGGAUUUGCUACAGUUUGACGAGCUCUACAUCGUGCUCGAAAUAGCCGAUUCGGAUCUGAAGAAACUUUUUAAGACGCCAAUUUAUCUGACGGAGGAGCAUGUGAAAACGAUCCUUUACAAUUUACUCUUGGGAGAAAAGUACAUCCACGAGUCAGGCAUUAUACACAGAGAUUUAAAGCCAGCCAACUGUCUACUGAACCAAGAUUGCUCCGUUAAAAUUUGCGACUUUGGACUAGCCAGAACGAUCAACUGUGAAAAUGACAUUCAUAUUGUACAGGAUUUGGAGGAGAAGGAGGAAAAUGAAAAACCAGGUCCACACAAUAAAAAUCUGAAGAAACAACUAACCAGUCAUGUGGUGACCAGAUGGUAUAGAGCUCCAGAGCUUAUUUUGCUACAAGAAAAUUAUACCAAUUCGAUUGACAUUUGGUCCACGGGGUGCAUAUUCGCUGAAUUAUUAAACAUGUUGGAGAGUCAUGUGAAUAACCCUACAAAUCGAUUCCCAUUAUUCCCAGGUUCCUCUUGUUUUCCCCUCUCUCCUGAUCAUAACUCUAAGAAGGUACAUGAAAAAAGCAACAGAGAUCAGCUAAACAUCAUUUUUAACGUUAUAGGAACCCCCUCGAAAGAGGAUCUAAGGAGUAUCAAGAAGGAUGACGUCAUCAGGUAUAUUAAGCUCUUUCCACCCAGAGACGGAAUCGACUUUAGAAAAAAAUUCCCCUCCAUUUCGGAGGAUGGAAUUGACUUACUACAGUCUAUGCUUAAAUUUAACGCUAAGAAUAGGAUCACAAUUGACAGCGCUCUGAGUCACCCCUACCUGAAGGAUGUUAGAAAAACUAACUUGGAGAGCUUUACUGCUAGUAAGAUUAUUCUACCCUUCGAUGAUUGGAUGAUGCUCUCCGAGACGCAGCUCCGGUACAUUUUUCUGAAGGAGAUCCAGUCCUUCCACCCAGAGUUGGUCAUCCCACCGAAGCUGUCUGUUCACGAGGGUACCUUCUACAACGAGGUGUAG